UUUUCUGCUUCGUUCACAGCUACGUGACGGUGACAUUUUGCGGCAUUUGCGCUGGUCGCUGCGUCAAUGCGAAGACUGUCGAAAGCUUCCCCGUUUGGUUUCUUCGUUUUAGUUGAAAUUGGACACCGCUGAUGUUUCAGCGUCCAUGUCCUCCCGUAGGCUGCGCUGCGGAGUGAUAUUCCAUUGGAACCGACAAUGUGGAGGCUGUUAAAAUGUCUACUUGGAAAAUGAAAUGGUUACAGUUUCUCUAACAAUAAGGAAACGGACUAACACAAGAGUUAUGGUUCGUGUGAGAGGCGUGUUUUCAGGUUCGUGACGAAGACGACAGCGAGACGAGGCGACAGGAGUGGUUUAUAUUGUCUUUCCUCAUCUUCAUCAAGCCCACAGUCCGGACCACGGGGGGAAGGAUCCUAUCCCUAACUUUGUUUUUCUCUCUUCUCCAGCCGCUCGUUUCUGCCCGUUGGAUGCCGCAUUAUUGAGUCCAGUCGCUUGCUGAGACUGAAAGGGCCGAGUGAACAGCAGCAGAGAAUGGCUGCAGUGGAGACAGACAAGGAGCUCAGCGACUUGCUGGAUUUUAGCGCGAUGUUUGAGCCUCCCGUUUCAAAUGGAAAGAACCGGCCGACUACUCUCGCCAGCAGUCAGUUUGGAGGUUCAGGUAUAGAUGAGAGGAGUGGGUCCAGUCCCUGGGGGCCGGGAGAGCAGAACAGUCCAUCUUUCAACCAGGGAAGGGGUUAUGGAGAGGAAGGCCUUUACAAUGAGCAAGAGGGCUUGGCCUCUGCCCCCAUAUUUGGAUCAGGAGUUGCUGGGAAGGCUGAACGAGGGCCGUACUCGUCAUUUGGAACACAGCCGGGAUUUAUGCCCAGUGAGAUACCUAUGCCCAGUCCAGAUGCACUCUCCCCAUCAGGGGUUAAGUCCAACUCCCAAUACUAUUCCUCAUAUGAGGGGAGCAACCCUCGCCGGAGACCCGCACAGGAACCCAUUGAAUCGCAGCCAAAAAAGAUCAGGAAGGUGCCCCCUGGCCUGCCCUCCUCUGUUUAUGCAUCAGCCCCAGGAGAAGACUUUAAGCGGGACAGCGCUUGCUACCCAGCUUCCAAAGCAGGAAAUGUCUGCCCUCCACCAUUCUACGUGCAAGAAGGCCUCCACCCAUCCUCCGAUCCAUGGGGCUCUGCCGGGUCGAUGGUUCAGCCUGGUUAUUCUGCCUUGCUGGGAAACUCCCCCCAUCUGAGCCAGCAUGGUCCCUUCACUGCCAUCAACCCCCAAGACAGACUGAAACGGCAGCCGCUGCCCCUUUCUCCCCAAAACUACCCCCUGCAUGGCAGUGAAGUGAACGGGGCUCAUCCCGCUGGCUUCCACUCUGGCUCCAGCAGUUUUGGAGUCCCCAGCCACACACCCCCUAUCACUGGCACUGAAACCAUCCUGGCAAAUCGGAGUGCAGUACCUGGAAGUUCCGGCGAUGAGAUUGGAAAAGCCCUGGCGUCUAUCUAUCCUUCAGACCCAAAUAGUAAUGCUUUCCCUCCAUCCCCGUCUACUCCCUCUGGCUCUCCUCAGGCUGUAUCAGGCUCUGCAUCCCAGUGGACUCGGUCCUCUGGCCAGGCCACUCCUUCACCUAACUUUGAUGGUGGAAUUCAGUCUAUGCCGAGUAAACUAGAGGACCGCCUGGAUGAAGCCAUCAACGUUCUUCAGCGUCACGCCAGUGGACAAGGGGGGCCAGGACUCGCUGAAAUGCAAAGUCUGCUCUCAUCUGGCUUAGGGUUACCACCAGGCUUCAGCAGUGCUGCACUUGGACUGGCCAGUCGUCUGCCAGGACUGGUGUCCAGUCACCACGAGGACUCUGCUGGUCUGCCCUCUAGUGGAGGGCUUCUGCAUGGUCACCACGGUGCUGCGUCUGUCCAACCAGCUUCUCAGCCUGAAGGCUUUACAGGCCUGCCUGGUAGCGUAAAUCGUUCCAGUGGUGCUGCUAUCAAACGAGAGGAUAAGGAAGAUGAUGAGAACUGCUCCAUUACAGACAAGUCAGAGGAUGAGAAAAGAGACAUGAAGGCUCACCUUCGAACCAGUAGUCUGGAUGAUGAGGAUGACGAUGAAGAUCUACCAGUGGAGAUUAAGGUUGAGCGGGAGAAGGUGCGGAGGUUGGCAAACAACGCCCGCGAACGGCUACGUGUGCGGGACAUCAACGAGGCUUUUAAGGAGCUUGGCCGCAUGUGUCAGCUCCACGUGAGCAAUGAGAAACCACAAACCAAACUGAUCAUACUGCAACAGGCCGUUAACGUUAUACUCAACCUGGAGCAGCAAGUUCGAGAGCGUAAUUUGAACCCAAAGGCUGCCUGCCUCAAGAGGAGAGAGGAGGAGAAAGUGUCGGGUGUGGACCCCCAGAUGCAGCUCGGUGGGGGUCACCCUGGUCUAGGAGGUGAUGGACACAACCCUGUGAGCCAUAUGUAAUUCUCAGUUCCUGUUGAUUGUACAGCCCUUAGAACACGUGGCCUUAAUCUACCAUUGUCAUGCAUCUCAGUGUGUGUUAAUCAACUUUUGGAAAAACACACCCGCACACACCUCAUUACUGACAAAGCAGGUGGCCACAUUCCUGACGAUGAACACGAGAAUAACAAGCACACUGAUACGAAAAGAGAAGAUUUAUUGAUCUUUACAUGACACCAUCUUGAACCAAGGACACUGGUUUGGAAACAGUGGAAAUUGGACAUCAGGACAUUCUUAUGAUGACGUUUUUGUAAGACAUUUUUAAAAUUGCUUUACAAGUUGGGCGCAAAACUUGUUUGGAUCAAAUAACACUUUUGGAUCAAUUGCUCAUGUGAGCAAAGUUAGGAUUUGUAUCGUUGGAAUAUUAUUGGCAUUCCCAUCAGAAAAGAAGGUCUUACAUUCUUCACAAGCAAAGAGGGAGGAUUUACAUCUUAUGAUUGAACAAAACCUGUUAAUCAUGCCUGAAAGCGGCCUGAUGCGUAGCGUUGAGUUAGAUGAAAAAUCGUUCUCCUCCUCUUACAUGGUGACUGAAGAGAGGCAGGUUUGGAGAAAUCCAGCCACUGGCUGGGCAAUCAGACAGCUGACUCCUCUUUUUGAUAUGCUGAUAGUUCGGGCUGUAUUUCUUAAAUUUAUUGCAUGAGUGACAAAAUGCCACAUUCACAGACUCACACAUGUAGUGGGUUGAAUUGUUUUGCUUCUUUCUAACCGUGGAACCCAGAGUCUUAUCUCUUAAAGUCCUAUACAUCUGUUAUUGUCACUGCCAUGCAAGUGGAAUGGAAAGACUGCCGGAGAGAGACCAACCAUGGACACAGACACAUGACUUAAUGCAAAUGGAGGAUCAAGAGCGACAUUAAAUCAAAUGUCCACAUCGCCAUCCCAUUCUUCUUCCGUGAGGCUGCAGUUGGACUUGAGCGUCUCAGCCUCAGCAAACUGAAAUACAGCCAGCGUCAGCCAGCCUGUCCACAGCAAAUCGUACUUACAGACGCUGUUACAGCACCGUGAACUCACUGCAUCUAACCUUCAGCGCAGUUUGUAUUGUGGUAAAUUGCAUUUCGCCAGAAGACGGAAAUAACCGAGUAUUGAAAGGGAUCAUGAGUGUUACUGCUACUCUUGGGAGAAUUUACACUAUCGCCAUUGACUGACUUGUUUUGGUUGCUCUGUGUUGAGCAUUUGGUGGUUUUUUUGUUGACUUUUUUUUACCUUUUGAACAAUUGUGGAGCCUGUUAUAAGGAUCUUCCUUUUGUAGAAUUGAUUUAUCAUUGUUUUUUAAUUUGGUUUUGUUUUUUUACUUUGUAAGAUAGUUGUAAGAGUUCUGUUUUUAUCAUUUGGAAUGCUUUUUCUUUUUGUUGACAUUGUUUAAAUGUAAGACAACUCAAUUUAGAUUCCAGGAACAAAGUGUUUUUUUGUUUUUUUAUUUGGUGCCAGGUGCUUUAGAAAUGUUAGAAAUGACAAAAUUACCUGGCUGUAACAUCACAUGUUGUGAUAUUGGUCUUCUUUUUUUAAAAUCCCUGUCUGAACACAAACCUGUCAGGCCAGUUGUAAUUGGAUUGUUCUGGUGUUUGUGACAGUUUUUCUUAAGAUGAAAUGGAAUAUGUUUUCUUCAGCGCACCCCCCCUCCUCGUCUCCCUGAUGUCCAGCUCUCUGAUGUGUUUGUUGAUUAGACUGAGGGAGGGACAGACGGGGGCAGUCAGCACAAUCUGCAACACAAUUCCCCGUUUCAUCGUGAUGUGAAGCAUAAAAUGAAUCAAAAAGGGUGGCCUUAGUCAUUUUCCUGACUUUGGGAGUUUUGAUAAUGGUUACUCACCAGUGCCUGAUUACUUCUCUGCUACACGGUGGAUGAUGUUGCAUUUAAGGAUUUAUAGGUUGUACCUUUUUUUUUUUUAUAUAUAUAAUUCAGAUGUAUAAAGACAUAUUUACUUCAGUAACAUCUGUCAGGGUCUCAGAACAUCUAAAUGAAAAAUUACACUCUGUGACGCCGGCCGCUUCAGUGUGUCAUGAGAUGUAAGCUUACUAAUAACCUGGUCGACAACUUUGAUGCUCAAAACUGUACUCAAAAGUCUGAUUUUAUAGUCUGGAUUUGGUUCGGUAUAAUUUUGUCCUAGGCAUGUGCUUUGAUACGUAUGUACAGCUGUAUGUCUUUAUCAGCUUUAGCAUUGUGAGCUGAUACUGAUAUGUAACCGUAUUUGUCAUUUAUCACAGAUCUUGCCCCGUGGACAAGCCCCGCCCCCAAUUCUAAUUUCUUUAUUACUCUAGCCUUUCCUCUGAAAACCUUGGUGUUUUUGUGAUAUGGAAAAUCGCUACUGAAGACUUGUACUUUUAUUUCUGUACAUGAAAGAUGUGUCUCCAGUAACCUAGUAUCAAACCGUGCACCAGAUUUAUUUUUGUUUGGUUAACAGACUCUCUCUGUCCUCCACAGCAGAUGAUCGACUACAGCUCUCCUUGUCUUCACUCAUGUUUGGGGACAACAUCUAUGUAGGCUAUGUCCUCAAAGUGCCUCCAGUUUCCUAUUUUUUAUAUAUAAAAGUAGAUAUUGAGAACUGUUGUGUAUAUAACAGUAAUGUAGCAAUAAAUGUGCCAUUUACAAAACCCA